AUGCUGCGCUGCGAGCAGGACCCGCUGUGCGAGGCCGUGGUCGUGGCCCACCAGGACCGCGCGGCGUUCACCCCCUGCAAGCUGCGCAUGCUGGUGGCGCCAGGGUCGUGCUCCAGGAACAUGGCGUUCGACACCUGGAGGAUGGACACCUGGAGGAUGAACAACGCUGCCGUCGACACGGUGCGCGCUCGGCGGGGCGUCCGGGGUGACGAAGGGCCCGCACGGAGGCGCGGAGAUGGACGGACACACCGCCGUGUUCCGGGGCAACCGCCCGCCCAGGGGGAGUGCUGCGCCGAUGUCGGGGCAAAGGCCGACUUCCUGGACGUCGGCCACGACUGGUCGGGCGCCGUCUCGCUGAUGGGCGGUGAGAACGCCAAGGUGAUCAAGUGCGCCGACGCCGUCGGUUGUCCCAAGGCGGGGAUCACUGUCCGCGGGGACCUGGUCAGGUGCAAGCCUGGCUAG